GGGAGAAAAGCCUUUGCAUCCCUGUAAAACCUCCACUCAAUCUGAACCACCAUGUGGCUCCAGGUGUCUGUUUUGUAUCUGUCCUGCUUGGUGUUGACUAGCCAGAGUCAGGGUGAUGACCGUGCCUCCCUGCGCCGCUCCAAUAACCACAACGGAAAGUGCCAGUACACCUUCACUGUGGCCAGUCCAGAAGAAUCCAGCUGUCUUGGGGGGAGUGCGGGACCAGAGAUGGAGGGAGUCCUGUCCCGGCUCACCCUGCUAGAGGCUUUGGUCAGCCGAUUGGUAGCAGGAGGAGAAGAAGGAGACAGCGGGACAAGGGUUGGGAGUAACAGUGAAGAAGGUCUUCAGGAGGCAUAUUCCCAGGUUACAGCAGAGAGAGACCAGCUCCAGAAGCAUACAGAGCAACUGAACAUACAGCUCCAGGAGCUGCAAAAGAGGCUGGAAGAGCUGAGCCAGGAGGCAGAGACCCUGAGGCAGACACCCUGCCAACAGAGACAAACCUCUGGGAAGGUCCAGCAUGAGGGCAGCCAGAGACCCGCCAACGACCCUGCUUAUGCGGCCUAUCAAGAGAUGAAGGCUGAGGUGACAGAGGUUCCAGCAUCCCACCUCAUUCCUGAUGAGAGUCACAACUUCACAGGCUGUGGAGAGCUGGUGUCAGUGGGAGAGCCUGUUUUACACAGGAAGGCUGACGGUAUCACAGGGAAAUAUGGAGUUUGGCUGCAGGACCCUGAGCCCCAGGGCUCUCAGUACACUAACAGGACUGUGUGGCGCAUUGACACUGUGGGCAAAGAUGUGCGUCAGCUCUUUGCCUAUGAAGACAUGGAGCAGUUUUCCCGUGGUUUCCCUAUGAAGGUGCUGGUCCUGCCUGAGCCCGUGGAGAGCACGGGUGCAACACUGUACCGCAGCUCUUUCUACUACCAACGACGACGCAGCCGUACCCUGAUCCGCUACGACUUGGCCUCUGAGAGCUUGGCAUCACGCCUGGACCUGCCACAUGCUGGCUUCCAGGGCCAGCACCCUUACUCCUGGGGUGGCUACACUGACAUCGACCUGGCGGUGGACGAACAGGGUCUGUGGGCUAUCUACAGCACCAACAAGGCCAAGGGUGCCAUUGUAAUUUCCCAGCUAGACCCCGAGAGCCUGGAGGUGAGGAGGACCUGGCAGACCAACAUCCGCAAGCACACAGUGGCCAAUGCCUUCAUGGUGUGUGGUCGUCUGUACACGGUGGCCAGCUAUACUGCACCCAACACCACCAUCAACCAUGUCUUUGACACAGCCACAGGCGAGGGUCGGGCCAUCUCUGUGCCCCUCAAGAACAAAUACCGUUACAACAGCAUGGUGGACUACAACCACAGCCAGAGGAAGUUGUACGCCUGGGACAACUUCCACAUGGUCACCUACGACAUCAGACUGGGCCGGGUCAGCCAUGGCAGCAGCUAAAGAGGACAGACAGAGAGGGACUGGUGUCCACUGGAC